CUCAUCAUCUUUACAUAAGAUGGUAUACCAAAUAAAAAUGUUAAUAAAAUUUUGCAUGUUAUGCUAAUGACUUAAUAAUCUGUUAUCCUUGUUACUCUUACAAAAAACAACAACAACAAAAAGUUGUAAUUUAACAUUAAGUUAUAAAGUUAUAAGUAUGAUAUUAAGCAAAGUUAUACAAUGAAUAAAACAAUUAAGAAUUUAAUAGGCACUUUAAGUUUAAGAUAUAUUGAACACCGAGUAUCUUGGAAUGUCAUUUUCCAGUUGUUUCACAGCCUUGGAAAUUGUUCCAACAUUGUCGCAUACUAAUUAAAGUUUUCAAUUUUUUUAACACUUUUCUGCUGUUUAUCUUGUUUUUUUUUAGAUAAUGUCACGUGCGGGAUUCUAUAAAGACGAACCCUGUGAGGUCAAAUGAUGCAACUUUCAGCAAAGGUCAAUAAGAAGAUAUCAGCGCCACUAUGAGGAGAGGCAUAGGCCGACAUGCUCGCAGUACAAGUGUAACUUAUGUGUAGGGUGUUCCCCUCAGUUUCUCAGAAGGGAUAGUUUCGUCAAACAUCUCAGGGGAGUUCAUUUUCUUUCUGGUUCUGCCCUUUCUUAUCAUAUGUCACUUAAUAAACCUUCAAAAUUAUUGAAUUCAUUGUAUAUUCCUCCUGGAGAUGUUCUUCCUCCUCUUGGAGCUGGUCUCCAGCCAUUCUUAUAUGUUAAUAUGAAGGAACCUUCUUCACGGACAAUUACUGCCCUUGAAGACCUAGAUACUUCUAAUUAACCCAUGGAGUCCGUAUCUGUCUGUAAUCCUACGACUUCGCUCAAUUUGACGUCUGAUAAGUUACAAGAGUCAUCAGGUCCUGCUAGUCCCACAUGUACAUUUGAUCAUGUCGAACCAACAUAUCCAGUUUUGUCUGCACCUGCUAUCCCCGAUACACUUGAAGGGCUCUAUAAUUUCACUUCGUUUUGUACUGAUGUUAUUGUUGAGUACAGUGCCCCCUUGGGAAAGCAAUGCACAAACUGGAAUCUUUAUCAGAAGAAGAUAAAUUAAAACUUAAAGCACUGGAUGAAAAAAAAGAAUCAGUCAAACAAGUAAAACAAGUUGUUCUUUUAACAACUGUAUUUUAUGUGUUACCAUACCAUGUUGUUUAUUUUCAUUAUCAGGUUGGAACACUGCAGUCAAUUGUAAUGUAUAUAGUUUAUUUAUUUUGUGUAAAUAAACUACAUAACUUCUAUUUGUAUAUUUACAUAUUAUCAAAUGGAUUAUUAAAAAUAAAUAGUUCUAUGCUCGGGCCUCGAUGAAUUUUUGCUAUUUGCUUUGAUCAUUAUACAGAAAGUUACAUUUAGUACAGUAAAGAUCUUUUAUUUGAAAGUGUACAUGUAAUUUAAAUUUAAAAUAAAUUGAUUAUUCAUUAAUUGAUUGUAACAACGUUAAUUGUUUUAAUGUUUAUGUUACUCUCUUUUAAGGAGAUGUGGUUACAAUCUAAUUAUUAGAAACUUACAUAAUGUUUGCCUAUUUUAGAGUUGACAUGGUUACCGUAGCUUUGUAUGUAAUUGUCCAAAUACCAGGACCAGAUUAACAGAAGAAAGUUGUUUCACACUGCACUGGAUAACGUUUUUUUGCAUAUAUGUAUAAUUAAAUUUCAUUCAUUUCAAGGUGUCUGGUUACUUCUUGGAUAUAAUCGUCAAUUCCAGCAUGUUUAUAAUUGUUAUUGGUAUUCUUCUCCAAAUGUCUAAACAAUAUUUCAUGUGUUUUAGAGCGUAAUCCUGCCAAUUCUUAUCUGGUACACUUGCGAAUUGUUUAACUUUGGAAGUCUUCCAUACUAUACCACGUUCGGAACAAGAUAAAAGAAAGACAAACACACCCACACAGGGGUUUUCUUAAGUGGACGGCCGCUUGCCCGUGUCGGGUAGAAAUCGCCGCGGGCAAGUGAAAUUUGAAAGCAAAUUGCCCGGCGGGCAAGUGAAUUUUCGUAGUGCCAUCUUUUCGCUGAUAUCCUUUUCCGAUAAUACUUUUCUUUGCGUUCGUUUAAUAGACAAACACGCGUAUGUUAAACUGUUUCUGAUUGGUAGUUGGGCUGCUAUCAACCAAUGAAACUAUGUCAAACUUUUUCCAAUCGGCGUUCCUUCCAAAAUGGCGGACAACAAUGAAUGUCAGACGCCGAAAGUUUUUUGCAAUUUUUCAAAAACCUACAACAAUUAAAGAAAUACCCUCGUCAAAGAAACAAUCAGAAAUUGAACGAAAAAGAAAAUAUGAACAAGAUGCACGACAGAGAAAGUUCCAAGCAACAUGGUUAAAGGAAUUUGAAUGGUUGGUUUAUGACUAUAAGCCGUGCACAAUGCGAUGCAAAAUUUGUAACAAAUUUGAAACAGUCGGUUCGUUUGUGACAGGCACAAAUUUCUUUCGAAAAGAUUCCAUUAAAGCGCACGAGGACUCAAAUUCUCAUUGUAUGAAUGUAAAAAAGAAAAAAGUAAACUUGAUCCGGAAAAUUCGGAAGCAGUUAAAGCACUAUCAAAAUUGAAUGAAAAAACUAUAUCUCAGUUGAAAAUAAAAUUCAGAAACGUUCAUUAUUUGUCAAAAAAGUGUAGACCAUUCACCGACUAUGUUGAGCUUUGUCAUUUGAACAAAGCUCACAAUUUAGACAUUGGUACAACUUACCUUAGUAACAGGUCUGCUACUGAAUUCAUGGGUUACAUUGCAGAAGCAGCACGGGAGAGAAUUAGAAAAAAUAUUGUUGAAAGUAAAUUUAUAUCGGUCAUUUCAGAUGGCUCUACUGAUGCAUCAUACCAGGAAGCAGAAAUUGUGUAUGUUAGAACUUGUAAUAAAGGAAAGGUUGAGGUCUAUUUCUCUUUGAUAAAAAAUGUGUCUAGGGGUGAUGCAGAAUGGACUUAAAAAUUAAAGUGUAAACUAUAAAGACAAGUUAGUUGGUACUGGCACCGAUGGUGCUAGCACCAUGUUAGGAGCAAAAACUGGAGCAGUGCAGCGCUUGAGGGAAGCAGUCAACAGACCUUUCAUUGUGGGUGUGCACUGUAAUGGUCAUAAGUUAGAACUUUCAUUUAAAGACUCUAUAAAAACACAAAUCCCUUUGUAUAACAAAGUUGAGUUGUUUCUUACAAACUUAUACUACUUCUAUCGCAAUAGUAAUGUUUCAAGAUCGGGACUGAAAGAAUCAAGCAAAGCAGUUGGAAAAAAGACGGUUUAUCCAACUAGAGUUUCCGGCAAUAGAUGGGUUGGUCAUUUAAAAAUAGCUGUUGAGAACCUUCUCAAGGGAUAUGACAUGUUUGUCACCCAUCUAGGACAGCUGCAGAACAGAGAUGUAUCUGUGAGUAGAACAGAAAAGGGAAACAAGGCAAAGGGUUUCUAUGCUUGCGCAAAGACGAAAUCUGUAUGGUUGAUGCUUCAUUUCCUUCUUGAUGUACUGGAAGUACUUUCUUCCGUCAGCAAGAUGUUCCAGUCACAAGCAGCAUGUGUUUCCGAGGUGUUAACAGAAAUUGAGAUGGCUGUAGUUAGUCUUGAAAAAAUGAAAAAAAGAAAUGGUUUGAAACUUCGACAAGCUAUGGAAUUACUACCUUGUGAUCUUACAGGAGAUGAUAGGUCUUUUAUUUCUGCUCGACACAAAUUGCUGACAUCAAUUGUAGAAUCUCUCCAUCGUCGAUUCACAGACAACCCAGGAAUAUUAGCCUCAGUAUCUACAUUUAACCUAUCCUUGUUUCCUAGUGAUGCUAAAGAUCUUAUAGACUAUGGUGAUGAUGAAGUAGAUCAGCUUGUUGACCAUUUUAGUACAGCUUUGGAAGAUGGUGGUGUAGAUGUUAAUCAGAUUGCACAUGAAUGUACAAAAUUAAAGCAGCUUAUGCCAGCAAGGUUCACAAGCCCAAUAAACAACAUAACAUGGGUAGAUGUCAACUCCAAACUUGGAAAAUGUUGUCCUAAUGUUCUAGCUCUUGUAGACUUAGUUCAUACCAUACCAGCAUCAUCGGCAGACGCUGAAAGAGGUUUCAGUUACCUUAAAAACACAAAAUCAGCCUCCAGAAAUAAACUACUGGACACAAACCUUAGUAACCAGCUGAUGGUAGUUCUUGAGACUGCGCCAGAAAAUGAAUAUGAUCCAACUGAAGCAGUUCAUCUGUGGAAUGCAGCAGUAUUGCGUAGGCCAAGACAAGAAACAAAAGCAAAUUAUAUCCUUUACAGCUAGAGGACAGAACUGGAGAAGCGGUCAAAUCAGGUGUUAUAACGGCCACUGAGGAAUAAGAUGGACUUAUGGUUGUGACCUUAGAAAGUGAAAAUGAAGAGCAGAUGAGUUCAGUUGUUGACAAUCUGACAUGUGAACAAGAAUCAAUAUUCUUUGAGAAUAGUAGUGUUUCUGAAGAACUAGAUGUACCUGAUAAACAAAUUAUAA